AUGAUGUUGCCUGAAACUCUGGUUCAAGGCACGCUGGAGCUGAUAAAGAAUGAGCAGUUUGUGCAGUUUGAGGGCAUUGAUUGCCCGCUGGAGGCAAUGAAUGCAUCUGGAGAGGCUACAAAAGCUCUUGGAGUGAAAGAUCACGAGCAGGUUCAUGAGGCUCGACACGUUGAUUUGGCACAGCAACUGCUUUUCUUGAUCACUGGUUGGCAGACCUCGGAUGAAAAGGAGGGUGGCUUCGACUCCAUUUCCAGGAUUCUUGGGGUACAGAUCGACCUUGGUGAUUCGCACUUGGGUGCUGUGACCAUCAGCAAUGUUGCCAGCCGUGUGAGGGAACUGACUGCCACUAUCGAUGAACUGCUGGGCAGAGGCAUGAUGUCAGCUGCCGCGAUGCGGACGCUCAGGGGCCGACUUGUGUUUGCGGAAGCACAGAUUUUCGGUCGCCUGACCAGCGUACAUAUGAAGCAACUGUCACGGCUGGAGAACCUGGUGGGUGAGAUUUCCAUCGACAGUGAACUUGCGGAGAGCCUCAAAUUCCUCCGUGAUCGUGUCAUUACUGGUGGGCCUCGCCGCGUUUUGUCCACGGUGUGCAGGAUCUUUCAUUUGUACACUGAUGCAUGUUUUGAGAGCUCUGAUGGAGGUGUUGGUGGCGUCCUCAUAGGUGGCAAUGGGGAUGUGCUGUCAUUCUUUUCAGAAAAGGUGAAUGUCGAAACUGUAAACCUUUUGAACCCUGACAAGAAACAGAACCUCAUCUUUGAAUUGGAAGCCCUUGCUGUGCUCAUGGGGGUGUCGGGCCUUCUUGACCCACUUGCGGUCCAACCCAACGACCGCUUGGUGAUUUUCAUUGACAACAACUCGGUUCUUGCAAGACUUGUCUCGGGCUCGGUUGGCACAGGACUCGACCACCUUAUCUUUGAAGGGAUCUUGAUGUGGGAGCUCACCGUAUGUGCGGUGACGUGGUUCGAGAGGGUGGCCAGUCAUGCCAAUGUGGCUGAUGAUCCUUCUCGUGGUGUUUGCUCACACUUCGAUGUGAAGUGCAAGAUUGACAUUGACCCAGAUGUUUUUGUCAGAGAUCUUGUUGCCCGAAGUGGCGCCGGUUACUAA